UGGACGUUGCGGUAGUUGUCGGACGACCUGUCGGAGUGUUGUUGCGUUGUUGGUCAUUGCGCGCGCGCAACUGACUUAUCACACACUGCUGCUCACUAAGCUCAUACUCUCACACAGCCGGAGCCCAGUCGCGCGGACUCUGACUGCGGCCAGUGGCGCUGCUUAGACGCGUACGCAUUCGUAAUUCACAUUAUAAAGUUCAUUGACAUGUUCUUCGCCGCUGUGGCCGCGCGAUUAGAAUACCCAACAUGCGUUACAUCUGUUCGCCGCGCCACUCGUGCCUGUAUUGUUCGCGAUAGUCGACCAGCAGGCGAAUAAAACGCAUGCACACACCUCCGGAGUGCCGAGCGAGUGCUGGAGUCGUAUCUUGUGGAUGGUGGAGGUAAGAAUUGCAACGCAAUUGCAUUCCACGCACAUGGGUUUGGCAUCGCAACAACAAAAUAUGAUGGGUUACCUGUUGAAUCUGUGUACGAAUCGUCACAAUCUUGCCUUGAGAUAAACCAACAAGCGUAUUAUCAUCAGCAGCAUCAUGCAUGAGUUAUUCCAGCAGGUUUUGAAGAAUAGAGACUUGUCUCGAGCUGGUGACCUUUUCUCUGUUAGGGAUAGUGUUAUUGUGAAUGAUCUUACUGAAGUGUUGAAAGAGAUAACAGCGAUAGCUUCUCUUGCUGAUUAUGCUCAGAACAACAAUGAUCAAUCAGUGGUGGAAAUAUGUGUGACAAGAGUGAUUUCAUGCAUUCGGGAGACUGGCAGUGUUGAGCAGCAUUGCGAUGCACUUGUCACUCUUCUGGAGUCUUGCCUGCAUCACAAUUUACAGAUCUCUGCACGUGGCGAGGAUCCACCACAUGCGAAAAUCUCAUCGGAUUUGAUUUCAUGCAUUUUUCUUAAUUAUAGUAAAAAGUCAGUGAUGCAACGUGCAUUACCAAUCGCUGUCAAGUUUCUGCACAAAGGAAAUAAGGAAUUAUCAAGGAAUAUGGCAAGUUACUUAUCUCUGGCUGCUAUUGAGCAUGCGUCGUUGUUAAGUCCGCAUGUACAGCCGAUUAUGGACUCGAUUAUAUCAGGCAACUACCCGUUGUGUAGGGUGUUGAGUCAGAUCUAUGAAGUGUCGCCGGAGUUAUUGCAAGGCCACGCGAUGGCGCUGGUGUCGCUCUUGUCACACUGCGAUAAUCAAGAGAAAUUAGCACUUUUGCAUUUGUUUUCAUUGAUUGCCAAGGAUAAUCCAAGUUUAUUGGAGGCUAGCAUUCCGCAACUAUGUGAAUAUCUAAACAAUUCGUUAACUGCAAGUCAAACACUUCAGGUUUUUUUAAAUAUGGCGGAGAAAAAACCUGCCCUGUUGGCGGAUCAUGUGAAUGCUGUGAAGCAAGCUGCGCAAAGACAUCCACAGACAUUAUGUUUAGCUGCUCAGGUUAUUGGUGCCAUUGGAAAAUUAAGCAAAGCUAGAGCUCAGGAUGCGUUGAACUUCGUCCUGGAAUACUUGCCAAAAGCUGACAGAGGCUCCCAAAGCACUCUUCUACGAGAAGCCACCCUCUUGUGCAGUUCAUACCCUGUGUUAUUCACUUUAUUCACUGAUAAAGUCUUGGCUGGUGUACGAAAACAACCCACUUCCAACCACCAAGUCAAUCAACAACUCACGCCAUCUACACCUACAGCACCAACCACAAAUUCUGUCACAUCCGGAGGCGUAACCAUUGUCAAAGUAGGCGGGCAAGCACCAAUUACAACCACGCCACAAGGCGGAUACACACGACGCGCUAAACUCGGAGAUUCACGCAGUACCGGCCGCCUUCACACCGCAACUAAUACAAAUACACACCGCAGCAUGACACGACUUAAUAUCGCUGGAGGUUCGGUGGGUGGCCUACAUAAAAGCAUGACACGUUUAAGCUCCUCGCAACAAAUCAACGCUAUACCGACAAGUGGCGCCACCAACAACACACACAAUGUUACAAUCGGUGGUAAUUUACCGCCUCCACCGCCUCAUAAAUGGACCGUACCGAAAGUACUCAGUGGCGGUGUAACUGUAACAACUAUUUCCCAACCACGCAUGUCACGCCCGCUAAGUCAAGGCCCGCUGCUACACAACGUCACACCUACUCCAUCAUCACACGUAACCAUCACUUCCACUGCCGAUUCAAAAAACGGCAACGGACCAACCAAUAGCACCAUCACAGUGAAUUCUGUAUACAGCGGUGGGCAGGUCAAUGUAUUAACCACGCCCACACAUCAGGAAUCUGUGAAUGUGACUGGUCCCAGCACAGUUACAUCACGAAGAAAUAACAAUACUUCUGUUACACUCUUGAAUGUCAAUCCGACAUCACAGAGAAUGAGUGUGUUUGAACCGUAUCCAAUGCGUGAUACCAUUCAACACUUCUGUGAGAAACAUUUAGACAAAAUUAAAACUUACAUGGAUAAAGUUUCCAUGCGGAUACCUCCUCCAGCAAAAUGCACGAUAGAAGAGAAGCGUCAGAAGAAGUCAGCGAAGUUACAUUUUGGUUGUCAAGCCAGAGGGCAGCACUGUCUGUACUCAAAGACUUUCUUCACGAUGCGCACGCGGAAUCCCAGGAUAUGGAUACAUUUGAUGUUUAUUGCUUUGCAGGCAAAGUCUCCGCAUGCGCUGAGUUCGAGAGAUGUGAGUGUUACAAGUCUGAAGCACUGUUGGGAUAUGUUAAAGUGCGAAAAUAAGACUUUUUUGACUCUGGUCACGAGCGCAUUUCCAUGCUCGAAGGAUCAAGACACGUUGUUGAAUGAACUCAGGCAUAGCGGUUUCUUCGAUGUGUUUCAAUUAACAACCGGAUUGAAUGUCUCUGAAGAGCAGUUGAAUAGUGACCAGCCGCUUUGGGGAUGUUUCUUAUGCACGCAUCCGGAACGCGCUGUUGGUUUCUUAAGAGGUGACACAGCGCCUGUCAUUGAAGGGCAGUUGAAAGAGAAGAAAGGCCGAUGGAGAUUAUUCCGAAGAUGGCGGACGAGGUAUUUCACUUUGAGUGGCGCGCAUUUGUCUUGUAGAGGCUCUAGCGGUGGUGAAAGUAUAGAUGUGAACCAAAUUCGCUCUGUGAAAGUCUCACGCGGCGCGCGCAACAUUCCCAAGGCUUUUGAGAUCUUCACCGGCAACCAGACGCUCAUCCUCAAGCCGAAAGAUGGGAAAAACGCCGAGGAAUGGGUGCAGUGUCUCAGUAUCGUCGUCGCACACUCGCACGCCAAGGAGUUGCCCGGCAAGAGUAAUUCACUGCCGGCACGCGGCAUCAGUGCUAGUCGAACCGCCAUUUAAAUCACAACUGUACAUAUCAAACAAAGCACACAAAAUCAGUACUUAACAAUCUUUCUCUAACAAAAAUGUGGAGUAGAGCGCCCUCUACACGUAUUCAAAGUGAAUCUAAAUGACAACUGGUGGCGGUUAAGAUGGCGUCUUUCAUGAAGUGAUUACAAACUGUUGCACGCAUCGCUUAAAAUCGUUAUAAUGCAAUAUUUUGACAGUUCCAUCACUGAACUACAUUCCAUUUCCGAUAUUCUUUACAUAUCAUAUUAUACAUAUUAUUUUUGUAUAUUGUUAUCAAGUUGAGUGUUUUAUUUUAUAUCAAAAACGUGUAUUAUCAAGAA